UCUCACACUUCUGUUGUAGCCCGUGCGCUAGACAGACGAUAUAAUGGCAGAAGCUGCUCCAGCCCCCGCUGCGUCCCCUGCAAAGGCCGCCAAGAAGAAGGCACCACGACCCAAGAAAACCGGACCGAGUGUUGGAGAACUAAUCGUCAAAGCUAUUACCGCAUCCAAAGAGAAGAAAGGAGUUUCUUUGGCUGCGCUUAAGAAGGCAUUGGCGGCUGGUGGAUACGACGUGGAAAAGAACAACGCUCGUGUGAAGGUGGCCAUCAAGAGUCUUGUUACUAAGGAAACGCUGGUUCAGACUAAAGGAACUGGCGCCUCCGGCUCCUUCAAGCUGAACAAGAAACAGGCAGAGGAGAAGAAGAAGCCCGUUAAGAAGGUAGCACCUAAAGCCAAGAAGCCAGCAGCGAAGAAACUUGCUGCAGCAAAGAAGCCCGCUGCAGCAAAGAAGGCUGUGGCUAAGAAGCCGGUGGCCGCUAAGAAGUCUCCGAAGAAGGCGAAGAAACCCGCCACACCUAAAAAGGCAACAAAAAGUCCUAAGAAGGCCCAAAAGCCCUUAACACCUAAGAAAGCAGCAAAGAGCCCCAAGAAAGUCAAGGCAGCCAAACCUAAGGCAGUCAAGCCGAAAGCUGCUAAACCCAAGGCGGCAGCGGCUAAACCUAAAAGGGCUGCUCCUAAGAAGAGGUAAAUGCUGCGCGCCCUGCCCUGUCAAUGUUGUCACGUUAAACAAAACGGCUCU